AUGGCUCCUCAGGAAGCCUAUGACGCUUACCGUGAUCGAAUCUUCGAGCAGAUUGCAGAAUUGUCGUCAUUACACGAAGCUCGCCCAUUUCAAUUGCUCAAUGGGAUGCCUUCUGAAGAGGCACUUCCGCCACGAUGGAGCCGCAGUAGUGCAUUACUUUAUGCUCUCAGCAUCUUGACAACAACUGGCUACUCAUACGCGGUGCCAGUAACUCCUCUUGGUCAGUUUUUGGCGAUCGUCUACGGCUUGCUAGGAAUUCCAGUGAUGGUGCUCGCUGCCGUCGAUAUUGGUCGAUUCCUUUCGCAUAUCGUGCUCGAACUUUACGCUAAA